GUAGAAGUCCUAAACAAUAGUAAACAGGAAAAUUAUAAACUACCUAUUUCCAAAAAUAAGAAUAUCCUGUCAAAUUUGAUGAUAAAUUUAGUUUAAUUCGCUAAAAAAGCGCGGGAUCUUCCGAAAGAAAAAAAAUGUUUUCAAAAGGAAAAAGAAUUCGAAUGGACGAGAUGCCACCCAUGGAAUAUGAAUCAUAUUAUAUGGGUGACAAUCCUUCUUACAAUGAGGACGAAGCUGGUCCAUCAGGCCAGAGAAUGACGAGAUUGCGAGCUCGUGGUGGAGUGCCAACAAAACCUCCCAUAAUUGACGAAGAUGAUGAAGAUAUUUUCAUGGCAAAUCGUAAAAGAAAAAUUCCAAAACCAGUAAAAGAAAAGAUUGAACGUGAACCAAAACCACCAAGAGCACCUCGUGAACCAAAACAUCAAGAGCCAGCGGAAGAACGUGUUGUCCGUGAACGAGAGAUUACAACUGAUGAAAGCAGUUUGUUUUGGAUUCUUCGUUAUUCGAAAAAUACUAUAACUUCACUUACCAAGCGAUGUCAGUAUUCAAUAAUCUACGACCAGUUCUUAAUGGACAAUGUCAUUUCGUUGUUAACUGGAUUGUCGGAUUCUCAAGUUCGUGCUUUUAGACAUACAGCAACACUUGCCGCAAUGAAAUUGAUGACAGCUUUAGUCGACGUCGCACUUCUCGUAGCAAUAAAUUUUGAUAAUGCUCAUCGUCAAUACGACGGUGAAAGAUUGAAACCAGCACAUGAUGUGUCGGAAGAUCGAAUUGAAAGUUUACUUGCUAAACGACAAGAGUUAGAAGAGAACAUGGACGAGAUUAAAAACAUGCUCACAUAUCUUUUCAAAUCGGUUUUCGUUCAUCGAUAUCGUGAUACAUUGCCAGAAAUUCGUGCAAUUUGUAUGACUGAAAUUGGAAUUUGGAUGCAGAAAUUCUCAUCAAAUUUCUUAGAUGAUUCUUAUUUGAAAUAUAUUGGAUGGACAUUUCAUGAUGAAGUUGGCGAUGUUCGAUUACGAUGUUUACAAGCAUUACUGCCAUUGUAUGAAAAUGAGGAAUUGAAAAGUAAACUCGAACUUGUCACAUCGAAAUUUAAAGAUCGAAUUGUUGCUAUGACAUUGGAUAAAGAAUAUGAAGUUGCGGUUCACGCUGUAAAGCUUGUCAUUAAAAUUCUGAAGAUACAUCAAGACAUUCUCACAGAUAAAGAUUGCGAAAUUGUCUACGAACUUGUUUAUUCAUCGCAUCGUGGUGUUGCACAAGCUGCUGUUGAAUUUUUAAACUUCUUCAUUGAAUCGGAACUUCAUGAACACGGCGCUUAUUUAGUUGAUGCUUUCAUUGAGAACAAUCCGAUGAUUAAAGAUUGGGAAUGUAUGACUGAUCUCUUACUUGAAGAAACGGGACCAAACGAAGAAGUCAUGGAUAACAAACAAGAGUCAUCAUUAAUUGAGAUCAUGGUGAGUGCAGUGAAGCAAGUCGCAUUAGGUGAACCACCAGUUGGUCGUGGAAGUAAUCGACAAAAAACUCUCUCAGCCAAAGAGAUCAAACAAGUUCAAGAUGAUAAAUCGAAGCUUACAGAACAUUUUAUUCAAACUCUGCCAUAUUUAUUGGAUAAAUAUAGCGCUGAAAACGAAAAGCUUAUCAAUUUGUUGAGCAUUCCACAGUAUUUCGACUUGGAGAUGUACACGACAUCGCGACAAGAAGCUUCACUUAAAUUACUUCUUGAUAAAAUUACUCUCAUCAUGUCAAUCAGCACAGAUCGUGAAGUGUUGGAAGCUUGCGCUAAAACACUUGAAUUUCUUUGUACCGAAGGCAGUGCAAUUUAUACACAAUGUGACGUCGCACGAUCAAACAUUAUUGACUUGAGUGUUAAUGGAUAUAAAGAAGCUAUUGAUGAUUGGAGAAAUUUGAUUGCUGGCGAGGAGACGCCUGAUGAAGAUGAAAUUCAUCAGGUUUGCAUAAGUUUAAAGAAAGUCUCGAUUCUUUAUUCUUGUCAUAAUUUAAAUCCAUGGAGUUUGUUUACUUCAUUAUUCCAAGAUAUUGAGGAAUAUUUAGCAGAUACGACACAUGAAAAGAGCAUUCCAACAGAGGCUUUGAUUUAUUGCAUUGAAUCAUGUUUCUAUUCAAUCAGUUGGGGUUUAAGUACAAUUGAAUCGUCAUUUGAAUCGUCAGCUUUGGCUUACACUGCAGAAGAAUUGCGACGGAAUUUGGAGAAGUAUAUGGACGUAAUUAAUAAACUGAUUCCAGAAGCUGACAAGAUUAGCAUCAAAGAAGCUGCUUAUCUUUCUCUUUGCGAUUUGCUUGUCAUUUUCUCAGCUAAUCUUGGCAAAAGUGCAAAUCGAUAUGUUCAAAUGAUGGAAUAUCGUCCGACUGAAAUUCAGAAGGAGCUUCUCAUAAAUUUCGUAAAAACUUAUGUUUUCUCAUUACGAUAUGAAGAAGUUCAAGAUGAGACAAGAAUUGAAGAGUUGCAUAAGAAAAGAAAUUAUUUGGCAGCUUAUUGCAAGCUUGUUGUUUACAAUAUUCUUCCGACAACAGCUGCGUGUGAAAUAUUCAAAUUUUACAUCAAGUUUUACAAUGACUAUGGUGACAUCAUUAAAGCAACACUUUCAAAGACUCGUGAAAUGAACAAAAUUAACUGUACUAUGACAAUGUGUAUGAGUCUUAAAACAUUAUUUGAAGAAAUUUUAACAUUUUCAUCACCGGAAAAAAUCUCACGAACAUCACAAGACUUUUCCGAUCUUAAAGAGUUAGCAAAACGUUUUGCUUUGUCAUUUGGCUUAGAUGCAAUUAAGAAUCGUGAAGCUGUUACUGCUUUGCAUCGUGCUGGAAUUUUAUUUGCAGCUCAACAUUGGAAUUCUGACGAUUCGACAAUUCCACCAAAUUUACUUUUCCUUGAGAUACUCAACGAGUUCACAAACAAAUUAUUGAAGCAGGAUAAGAAAGUUGUUUUAAAUUUCCUUGAUCGUCGCAUUUCUAUGGCAAACAUGCCAUCAACACAUAGCGAAGAUUGGCAGCCUCUCAUCAACUAUCGCAAUUCUUUACUUCAUGGAGAGUCCGAUCAAGUUGGUCCAAUACCUGUCAACAAAAAGGUUUACGUUCGUAAAGGCAAGAAGAAUCAAGGCGGUGAUGAAGAAAUCGACGAGAGCAUAUAAAUUCAUUUUUUGAUGUGAGGAAAAUUAAAAUUAAAAUAAAUUUUUUUCUCUUCAGAAAAAAUCUCAAGA